GAGAUGAGUUGCGUGGCAAAAACUUGCUCUUGACUCAUGAAUUUGUUUCUAUCAGUUUUCUUUCUUACUUCCCCAAAACUUCGAGAGGAAGUCCUCUGUUGAACAGAGACAUUAGAAUUCUAACCACCAUAGCUAAUUCGGAUCAUAAACAACCAAAUGAAUGGGAGAAACUGUGGCCUUGGCAAGUCCAGAAACAUAGGUUACAUAUGAGGAUAAUUUGCUAAAACAUCAAGCUAUGCAGAAAAACUCCAAGAGGAACAAUAAUUCAAGAGUUUCUGGCAUAGAAUUGAAUUCUGUGGAUGCUGAGAAGGAAAAAAAAGAGAGUCAAAAUAACUUUGUUGAACUGCUGCCUCCAGAAGUUACUUUUAAAAUUUUCAGUCAGCUAGACAUUCAGAGUUUGUGCAGGGCUUCAGUAACCUGCAGGAGCUGGAAUAACACAGUAAGAAACAGUGACUCCUUGUGGAAACCUCAUUGCUUGACUCUAAGAGCUGUGUGCCAAAGAGAAAUAGACGAUGAUCUAGAAAGUGGAUAUUCCUGGAGAGUAAUACUACUGAGGAAUUACCAGAAGAGUAAAGUGAAACACGAAUGGCUAAGUGGCAGAUACAGCAACAUAUGUUCUCCUCUGACCCUACCAGAAAAGAUCAUGUACCCAAUGGAUGUAGAUACAUGGGGGGAAAUUCUAGAAGCAGAACUGGAAAGAUAAGCUGAAAAAUUACAAAGAUCUUGUAACUUUGAGACUUUGAAACUAAAAUGACUCUUAGGUUCAUUUUUUUUGUUUACCAUUUUAAUGUUUAACAUUUAAAAGAAAGCUAAGGAGAAAAUAUUAUGAAAGUCAAACUUUU